UGCUGACGCAACGCAGCAGCCCAAGUGGACAUUAUUGAGAACAAGGUGCUGCGGCAAAUAUCUUUACAGAAUACUGUUAUUUCAGAAUUAAUGGAUGCUAGCUGAAAUGUCUGGUGUCAAGCAUACAUCGGUAUAUACAUGAACAUAUAGAUGUAACGUGAACAAGGUGACGUAACCCUUGUAAAAUGCCUCUGUCAUCUAAUCAUCAUGUGAAAAAGGGAGCCAUUUGACAUUUCCGUGGCUUGUCGAAAGAGAGUAUAUAUCCAUUGGAGUUGCAACCGAGCUUCGAAGUAUCCCGGCUGUUCGACACUAGCAAGAGGAACGAGAGAGAACCCGGGAGGAUCUGAUCAUAGGAAGUCGACAGGCAUUCUUAUUUCUUCCUCGGAAUCCUUGAAUCUAUUUUCACGUUGGCUGAGCAAGACAAUCGAAGGAUGUCACAUUGUUUCUGGAUUUUGAUGGACACGUAAUAUAAAGUUAGUUAAUCGUUCAGUAUCUGGGCCUUUGUGUAACGUUAACAGAGACAACCGAUACGGAUUAUUGACCACCAGUAAAUCUAGUCAUAAUCCAGCCCCCAUAGCUAGGAUAGCGCAUCAAACAGCGUUAUCUUACUCACUGUUGCUCAAACUAAAUAAGAUAUUGACAACUGACCUGAAGUUGAUUGCAAGAUAGGAUUCCACUCUAAAAGCUGGUAAAAGACUUACCUAUGCUCAACUUACAAAAUGGGGAAAAUGUUAUCCAAGAUAUUUGGCAACAAGGAGAUGAGAAUACUCAUGCUUGGACUUGAUGCUGCUGGGAAAACCACCAUCCUUUACAAACUGAAACUAGGACAGUCAGUUACCACAAUUCCAACAGUUGGCUUCAAUGUUGAGACAGUCACCUACAAAAAUGUCAAGUUCAACGUGUGGGACGUAGGGGGGCAGGACAAGAUCCGUCCCCUAUGGCGACACUACUACACCGGCACACAGGGCUUGAUCUUCGUAGUGGAUUGUGCUGACAGGGACAGGAUUGAUGAGGCCAGGCAAGAACUUCACCGCAUCAUCAAUGAUCGCGAAAUGCGCGAUGCCAUUAUCCUUAUCUUUGCCAAUAAACAAGACCUUCCAGAUGCAAUGAAGCCUCAUGAAAUCCAGGAAAAGCUGGGCCUCACACGCAUUCGGGAUAGGAAUUGGUAUGUGCAACCAGCAUGUGCAACAACAGGGGAUGGACUCUACGAGGGCCUGACUUGGCUAACAUCAAAUUAUAAAUCAUGACUGAAUUAAACACCUGGGAAUGAUAACCAUAACAUGACUCAUCACAAAUAUUAUGUAAAAGGAGGUUUUAAAAUGGCUAUGAGAAUAUCAUGUAUCAUUUUGUAUUAUAACAACAACUAGGCCUAAUAACUUCCAGGACGCUGGAUGAAUUCCAUUGGUCUUCAAUUCAUCUGCUUGAUAGUACACUGAUAGUCAUGGUUACUGUGGCAUGACCAAUAUCAAUCGUUUAUUAUGUGAUUUUGUCCUGUGUUUUUUUUUCUUCUUUUUUUUUAUGUGUUCUGUUGGUAUGGUUGAACAGUCUAAGUAUGUGUCUGGAGAAACUUGGGUGAAAUGGUUUUAAGGGUUUUGUGAAACCAGCAAUCACAAAUGGAAAGUCUGACAAACUAGAAGACUUGUUGUAACCCCAUUUAUAUGUAAUGCUUCACAUCUAAACAAAUACAGCAUUGUUGCCUUUUCA